CUCACUCACUUUCUCACUACUCUUCCAUCUCCGACUUCACCCAUCUCUCAUCCUCCUCCUCCUCCGCCUCCGACCUCCCUCUCGCCCGCCCUCCCUCCCAACCCUCCACAUCACACUGCCGGCCACAGUGUGCGUGUGUGUGUCCUCGCCUCGACAAUCCCCUCUUCUCUCGUCUGUCCAGCAGUGUGUCUGUUCGUCGGCACGCCCACUUCUGCGACCGCUGUUGCGCUGCGACUCCGCCACGUCGACGCCCUCACGCCAGCGUUACGAGCGCACACGACCACUACACGCAUCUCAGUCUCUGCCGUCGCUGCUGGACUGAGAUUACUGUGGACACGUCAGAUCGGAUACGGCUCGGCUCUGAACUCGCGCAUUCCAUCGACCGGCUUCCGCGAUUGCUUCACUGCGCCCAUUCACCUACGCUUCACUCUUUCACCACGACAACAGGACUGAACUAUUCACUUGGCUUCCUUUCCUGCUGGCUCUACACCAUAUAAUACUUUCUGGAACACAUCACACUACAUUUGCAACACUCAUCUUCCGCCGCUUCUGACAAGGAGCUGAGUUACGAUUGAUUUUUGGGGAACACGCAUACAAACACUCGGGGUCACACAUCAGCCGCAUACCACAACAACGAGUCCUCUCGGAAUAGUCAUUUCGGUCGACUUCGCAUGGUACGAGGCCAAUAAGCUUGCACCGCUCUCGUCGGUGCCUGGUCUUGGUCGGUGCGCUUGAAGGAAGAAAGACACGGUCGUACUUACGCACCGGGUCUUUGCUUUAGUCACUGCUGUUUGCAAAUAUGCCAGGCUAUUAUCAGCGCCCUAUGGGCGGGCAACUGCCACUGACUCCACCAGACUCCGGCUCUGGAUAUGGAUACAGCAACAUGCACUACACUGAGGAUCCCUAUGCACAAGCUCAGAGCCAGUGCAGUCAUGACGGCUCCUACGAAUACCAGUCCCAGAGCUACAUGCAACCAGCGGUCGCGCCUGCGCCACCGACAUUCCAGCACCAGCCCAAUAACUACCAGAACACCACCAGUCUCCCUCCGAUUUCGAACUUCUACGCACCGAUUGGGGCCCCGAUCUUGCCACCGCUGCGGAUCAACGACCGGUUGUCCUUCACCGACGACUAUCAACAACGGCUUCAGCAGCAAGAACAGCAGAACCAAAGAGCGCGAGAUCAGCAACGCCAGGUUGUGAAAGAGGAGAAGGCUACCGGCGGUGUCUCUGCUCAUCUCGAUUAUGAAAUGGAGAACAUGACGGAUUUUGUGUGUCAGGCGGUGACUUCCAUGUAUGCCUACCACCUCUCCCCCGUCAGCUUGGCUGAUAUUGACAUGACACGAAGCUUUCAACUUCGACAGCCGACUUCACCGCAGUUCCGCAAAUGGGUACAUCAAGUUCUCUCGGCGACGCGCCUGCCAGCAGCAACGAUCCUGCUCAGCUUGUACUACCUCAAUGAUCGUAUGAGCAGAUUUCCUACUACUGUCAAGGGUGGUGACAACGAGAUCUACCGAUUGCUCGCAGUGGCAUUGAUCCUGGGCAGCAAAUUUCUCGACGACAACACCUUUAUCAACAGAUCUUGGUCCGACGUCACUGCCAUUAAAGUCGUCGAACUCAACAAGCUGGAGGCAUUCUGGCUGGAGCUGCUGGAGUGGCGUUUGCACAUUGAUCCGUCUGACGAAACUGUCGCCGGCAACAGUUUCAAGUCCUGGUCGUCGGCAUGGGAGAAUCACAUGCAUGAGAAGGCGAUUGAGAAGUCGGCCAAGCUGCUUCCCGCUCGCUUGUCGCCCCUGGAUACGAACUUGCAUCCACAUGCACCGACGAACGCGAGUCGCGAUCGAUACUCACCGUACCCAUCGCCAUACACUGCCUCGUCCAACCGGUCAUUUGAGCAGCCACAGUCACUGUCGUCACUGUCUGCUCGCUCUUCGCAAUUCUCCACGCCUUACAGCUCGGCCGAUCCCUGGGCGCCGAGCUCACGCAAGGUCGAUGAUUACUACCAGCAGCCGCCACGAUAUGAAUCAUUUGCUGCCGCGGCCGAGGCCGGAGAAGUCAACCGCCGUGCGGCGGCUGCUGCUGCCGCCGCCGCUGAGGACCAGGCACGUCAGUCAACCUAUCAGUACCCAUCAACUUUGCACCAGUCAUACUACCACACGCCAGCGUACACUUCCGGCUGGGAUACUGGUUCUUGGAGCAACCAUCGGUACGACUGCAGCUGCCAGUCCUGUGCGUAUUCGCAACAUUGGCGAAACUACCCAAUGAACUCGAGCUACGCAACACAGCCUGUCAUGGGCUAAUCCAUCGCACAUAUGACACAAGGCUUAAGUGCGACGCCCAAAUUGUCUUUGCGCACUUUUGCACCUUACUUGGAGCUUCUUUUUGCAGCGUUCUCGCCUCCUCAAAAAAGCUGGAUCCAUCUCGGGAUCCCAUCGUUUUCGAAGACUUAUGUGAUGUUCUUCCUGCACAACAAUUUUCAGUACUCUGGCGUUUUUUGCUUCCUUUACUGUUGCUACAAUACGAUCUGCGGCUCGAUCCUUGGCACUCAUGAUCGAGAAUCCACGACAACCCCUCACACAAUUCCACAUGGAGGGCGGUUUUCUAGAUCUGGAUCGCGCAGGUGUGGACACCCUCGAAAUCGUCCACGCCUUUCACACCUUUUACACGUUUGCUCGCAUUAGACUUGCUGGGGCGGACAUGUUCUGCAUCCUUCAGCGGCAAACGAUUUUCACGUUUUUUUUUUUCAUCACGCAGCAUGGGCAUUGAAUCGGAGAGGAGACAACGGGGAUCCUUUUUUUUUGUUACUAUUACUCGAACCACAGCAUGGCGUUAUGAAAAGGGAAGGACGGUAUCAAAAUGACAUUGGCUUUGGCUUCGGGGACAGGGCAACACGCGAGCGAUUGCUUUACUGUUUUUCUAUGACGUUCUGAUGCAUAUGGUGGUUCAGGAGAGAGCGGUGAAUCCGGGAGAGGGUGACAGGAGGGACGUUACUGCCGCACAAUGCGAGUUCUACGUUUGCCGCUAGAUGGUAUCACUUUUCCGGGGCGCGAAAUGCGACAAUCGUCUUUACGACCGCGAGGGAGAGAAAUGGUUACGGCAAGAUCAAUCAUCUUGCAGAAUAGAAGACAACUUGAGUUUUAAUGGAGUAGUCUGGCCUAUGCAUCUAUGGCUUUGUUCCUUAUCAGUGGCAGCACCGCACACAUUGUCACCGAUCACGAGCUAAUAUUGUCAGGUUUGAUACAAGAACAACAACAUCUGCACGUGUGGUCAUGUCCUUCACCCUGUCACGGCUAUAUAAGUCGUGGCGUGCGAUGGUAGAGAAUAAGCAAGCGUGAGGAGAUGGAAUAGGAAGAAUGUUGAAAACGGAAGAGGACCUUCAUCUCUGGAUGAAUUCCACUUCACUUUUGCUGGGCUCAUCUUCCGCAGCUACGGUCGUAGCGCCCGCAACGCUCAAUCCUCACUUUGGGUGCGAAGGUAGUGAGGUCGUUAUCG